AUGGCACCAUCUAAAAAGUUCUCCCUGUUGCCUAUACGGUUGGGUGCUGAGCAACUCAUACUCGACGUGGCUCAAGAGAAACCUAUCCAGCUACCAAGAGACGACAAUGUCUACGAACUGGGAGAAAUUGGCAGCCACAAUGUUGUUAUAGCCUGCAUGCCAUUGAAUGCUGAUGGCAAAGCUUCUACAGCCGUGGCGGUUGUGGUUGUGAAAGUGCAGUUGACCUUUGCCUCAGUUACCUUUGUUCUUGAGAUCGGUGUUGAAAGAGAAGUUCCAAGUCAGUUUGUCGAUAUACGGCUAGGGGAUAUACUAGUCAGUUGA